AUGGAUGGGACGCGUGUGGGCCGGGAUGCCAUGAACAACUGCACCGACCAGGAGUACUGGGACACCCUCGUUUCCAGGUGCAUCCCCUGCAGCCUCGUGUGUGGCCAGCCCACGGCCAGGAGGUGUGAUGCCGUGUGUGAGUCCAUGGGCUGCAACAAGACACCUGGAUUCUACUACGACGAGCUCGUGAGAAGCUGCAUCGAGUGCAGCACGGUCUGUGGGCAGCACCCCAAGGAAUGUGCCCCGUCCUGCGAGCCCUCUCCCCCGUCGCCCGCGGCUGUGCUGGAGCAGAAGGCGUGUGCGGAGCAGGAGCCGUGGCUCGUGGUGUAUCUGCUGCUGGGGCUCUGCCUCUGCGCCCUCAUCUGCUCCCUGCUCCUGGGCUGGACACACCUGCGCAGGAAGGGGGAGGUGGGCUCCUGCCACGCCGGCGCUGCCACCUGCCACUGCAGGGAGGACUCUGCCAAAGAUCGGCUGGUGGAAGCGGGCAGCGUCGGUGAGGGGUUCGCUGGCAGCAGAGUCCCAGGGCCAGUGGAAACCUGUGGCUUCUGCUUCCCUGGAAACGGCCCUGCUGUGCAAGAGAUCAAAUCCAGCCACAGCGCCUCGUGUCACGCUGGGGAAAGAGCUGCUCCCUCCUACACCGGGAUCUGCAGCACGGGAUGCGCUGGGGCCAUUCCCGGCCCUGAGGACGGCCACUUCAAGAUCAUUUGUUCCCCUUCCCAAGAGAAGACACCCAUGGUGUGACCACAGUGGGUGUUCCUGCACAGGC